AUGUCUCCUACGACCCCAGUUCUCAUCGUUGGUGCGGGCCCCACAGGCCUUACAGCGGCUCUCGUCCUCGCGAUGAACGGCGUCCCAUUCAGAAUUAUAGAGAAGACCAAGACGAAUCAUGUCGGCCAGCGCGGAUUUGGCAUACAGCCGAGGACACUCGAAAUAUUUCACUUUCUGCGAAUUUUGAACGAUAUCAAAGAAAGGGGCAGGUCUAUCGCCCCCGUUCGUUUCUAUAAGCUUCCUGGUGGCACGGAGCCGCUUAAGACAUUUCAUUUAAUACCACCCGUGGACCCAACUCCGUCUGUCCCCUACCCGAACCCAUUUGGUAUUGGCCAAGAAAAUACAGAAAAUAUUCUGCGCUCACAUCUAGAGAAAUACGGGCACGAUGUCGAACUCGAAACCGAGCUUCAAAGUCUUGAGCAGCAUCCCGACCAUGUUACAGCGCAUCUUGUGAAAAAAAUCGGGACAGAGGAAAUCACAGAGACAAUCACUUGUCACUGGUUAGUCGGCACCGACGGAGGGAGAGGCAUUGUGCGCAAACAGUUAGGUCUACACUUCCAGGGCGAAACACUUCCAGAACCAGUCGUACUGGGCGAGAUUGAGGCGUGUGGCAUAGACUCGGAACACUGGCAUCAAUGGCGAAGCGCAGACAAUGUGGUCAUGCUGCGGCCUACAGAGGACGAGGGCGCCUUUGCUUUCAUGAUUGCUGGCAAGGUUGACCACGCGAAGUUGGUGUCUGAUCGUGAGGCAUUACUUCAAACUAUGUGGGACGGUAUGGAGAGGAGCGACAUCGUAUUCGGUGCUAUCAAAUCCGUUACGGAGUACAGAGCAAACGCCCGGAUGGUAGACAAGUUCUUCCAAGACCGAGUUUUCCUUGCUGGAGACGCUGCUCAUAUUCACAGUCCGACAGGCGGGCAAGGCCUGAACUCAAGUGUCCAGGACGCUUUCAACCUCGCCUGGAAGCUCGCGCUGGUCUGUAAAGGUUUCGCUGCACCGGCUCUCCUCUCGACCUACGACGAGGAGCGUCUUCCCGUCAUCGCGCACAUGCUCCGAGCGACAACGAACAUCUACCACGCCAACCGCGUUGCGUCUCGCGCCCUCACAGCGGAAGCUGGAUCACCGCGCGACGCUGCGUGGACACGCAGCCAGGAGAUGAAGCAGCUGAGCAUCAACUACCGCUGGAGCUCCAUCGUCAUCGAUGAGCGCAGCGGGCGCCUUGCUGCAGAGGUCGACAAGGACGAAGACGGUAAACCGGGCGUCGACGCGUACGGCGAGCACAGCGGCGAUGGCGUCCGCGCUGGCGACCGAGCGCCCGAUGCACCUGGCCUGACACCGGUCGGCACGACCGCCCACGGUGCCGAUCCGCACUCCCUCUUCAGCGUGUUCGGUCCAGCGCAUCACACUGUGCUUCUGCUUUCCCUCGACGCUGCGUGCGCGGGCCCCGUGCUGGCUGCGCUCGGCGACUAUCCCGAGGGCGCGGUACGCUCGGCGGUCGUUCUUCCCCAGGAUGCGCAUGCGAGUGGCAGUGUUGCUGGUGCGGACUAUACGUUCGUCGACCAGGAGGGACACGCACGGGUAGGGUACGGUGUCGCGCCGGGCGAGAGUCUGGUGGUGAUCGUUAGGCCUGAUGGAGUCGUCGGCGGGAUGGUACGAGGGGCGGAAGGCGUGAGGGCCUACUUCAAGAACAUCUUCUCUGCUUGA